UAAAGUAUAAUUUAUUUUUUAUUAUUAUUAUUAUAAAUAUAUAUUUUUUUUUAAAUAUUACAACUGAAAUUAUGACAAGUAAUGACAGUGACGUUGUUGACAUUUGAGGUUAAGUUGCGUUCAGAAAUAUUUGUUAAAAAAACGAGUGCUUAGUUGAUGUGGUGUUGGCGAGUGGCGACAUCGAUUGAACAAUCGAUGUAUUGCGCUUAACAAUAAAAUACAUAUGACUAAACUUCUCAAAAUCCCAAAAAAAAACAAAUCAUGCCAAAUAAAGUAUUUUCGUGUACUUUAUUGCUCACAUAAAGUAGUAUAGAGUACAGUUACCCGAAAUAACGUACAAUACUUUAUUAUAAAGUACGGGUGGCAACCCUACAAGCAACACCCAGCCCGGCACGUUCAACUCAAAAACACAUUUAAAUAUACACGAAAACGACUGCUUAUCUAUCACGUCUGUGAAGACGCAGCUUUUGAAUGUGACAGUUGUUAACCUUUGUCGUGUUUUAUUUGUAAUUACGAACUAUAAAUAAGACAUUGAUUACACGAUAAAAUACGACAUUAAAAGAUAAUGUACCUUUAAGGAGGUAGGUAAAUAUUAUUCACAUCGAAAAUUAGCAAUAUUACCCAGUUACUUGAAUAGUUAUUCAAUUAUUUAAAUGUGUUUUGGACGGUUUAGAGAAUCAUUAACAAAAAAAAAAACUUCUCACGUAACCCCUAUAUUUUCAGUAAUCAAACAUUUAAUACAGGAUAGAAUUCAAAAGGAAGCAAACAGCUAUUUCGAAACAAAAACACGUACUUACUAACGUAUUUUCGAUAAUAAGAUUGUGAAGGUGCGUUCUCGGUAAAAAGUCCACUUUUUAUGAUUUGUUGCUCUAUCCACUUUAGAUUUUCCUUUGCAGGGGCGAAGUUCUCCGUUUUCGGGUAUUAAAUAUUUCAGAGCUUAAUUUCUAUUAAAUUUUUUUACUGUUUUUUUUUCGUUUUUUCUAACAAAGUUGAGAAUAAAACUUAAUUACAUAACUUUAUGUUGUUAGACGCGAUUUUUUAUUGAGAGUACAUAAAGGAGGAAAAAUCUCUCGAGGAAAUUUAUGAACACUGAAAAAUAUAUCCAAACGAUCUUCUUUUUUCGUUUUUGGUCCGGAAUUUACAAAUCUUAUUAUUUCGAGAAUGUUGUCUUUGAUAAAACUUUACGCAUACUAUAACACAAGCAAUUGCAAAGGUCGCGGCGCAUUGUUAAACCUGUAGUGUCCUCUAAAAUCUUGUUAUCUCGAAGAAUGGGCACUUGUGAAAGAGCUUUUCGGACCACUCAAACACCGCGUUAUGAGAAAACCUAGACAUCCUCAUUAGUCAUUUAAAUGUUAUGUAAUAAACAUAUUAUGAACAAACAAAUACCCAAGACAACGGGAAUGCCCCAGGUUUUUGUUAUUAACUUGAUAAGUCCUUAGUUGAGGCUGUUGUUGAUUGUCGGAGUCUUUGUCUGGCGAACAAAUUAACAGCAACGGGUGACUGGUCAGCGGGCCGCGUCUAAAAUGACGGAUUUCACUACGUCAUUCGUUUCCUCUCCACGUACGUAGUUGUACAUGACGCAAUUGGCUUUUUCAAUGUCUUAUCUACAGCGAGGUAUGUUGUCAUUCGGCGGGUGUACAUCGAGUUGCGCGGACGCCGUUCACCGCCUGAUGUAUUUUCGAAUCGCUUCUGUCUUUUUACUUUUUACACAACCGAGGACAUAGUGACGAGUCGCGCGUCGGUGCAGUGCCAGUGUUGUGAAUUUAGCGAUUUUAGCUGACGCUCAAAAAGUUAAUAAGGUCGCCGCGUAUCGAUUAUAAUGUUUAUGUCAGGAUUCUUCAUCAUAACGCCUGAUUUAUCUUUCAGAAUGACGCCGCAAGAGGAGCGGGAGAGCGCGCGCGGGGUCGAGAUCGCCGACGCCUUCGAAGACGACAUGUUCGGUCCACCGCGGACGGAGCCAGCCGCCCGGCCCAAGUUGUCCAUGAUCUCGGCGCGACUACGAGCGAACGAAGAACGCAAACGAGUCAUCGAGAUCUGCUCUCAAAAGUUGGAGAACAUCGAAGAUCCGGCUCGUGAUCUGCGCAGGUCCGUCUGUAUCAACAACACCUACUGCCGGUUGAGCGAGGAGGCGCGCAGAGAGAAGGAAGCGAGGCGAAGGCGCGCGCGCGAGGAGUGUGAUGACUCGUGGGUAGGGAAAAGGGCCAGACGAGCCGUAGAAGACGAGUGUCUGGCGCUACUAGACGCGAUUCCUGAGCUCGGCGAUGCUAACCUGGGGUGCGCUCAGCUGGCGCGGCAGGACGUGUCGCUGCAGCUGCCGCCGGGCCUGCUCACCGUGCUCGACUCAUGACCGCGCCGCGCUGCGAACCUGCACGCCCCCAUGUGCUGUGAGCGCGCCGAAUGAGACCAGCGGCUCUCCACGCUGAACGCGAUUACUCGGACUCUUAGUACGUUUCGUACAGACGUUUAGUCAAUUCUUUAUUGUUCAAAAAGAGUACUUACUAUGUUGGCGUGUUUUUUAUUUUAUGACUAGUGAAAGUUGCUCAGGCGCUGCCGACGUGCGCGGUCCAAUUAGUGUUCAACGAUUAUUUUUUUUAUCGAAGGAACUUUGACUAGUUGAAACCGCAAAAAGGCAAUCGAGAAAUGUCGCCUCGAGAGGAGAGGACUUUCAGCGUUGAUUGGAGAUGUUUUAGAUAUAAGGAAAAUUUAUUAUGUUAUAUUAUUGUACUGUAAAGAAGUAGAGUUAAGUGAUAGUGCAAAAAAACGACUGGGAACGGUUGCGAUGACAGAUGAUUCCUCGCAUUACUUUAUUUUAAAUCGUCCGCGUUGUCUUGUGACGCCUCGUGUGAGACCAUUAGAACUGGUUUUAGGAGAGUAAAAGUUGAUACUUGCAGUGGGUCAAAUCGGCGUAAUGUUCACUUUGAAAAUGCUGCGUUCUAACUCUUAUUAUUGUGACAAAGAAGAGAAAAAAAAAAAUCAAAGUAUUACUAAUUCGGUACAUCACUUUAGCUGUCAAUAAUCAGUACAUAAUUUAGUUUGAGCUGAACGUGUUUUGAAAAGAACAAUGAGAGCACAGACUUGCUUAACUUCGUGCGUAACACAUACACUCGAGCAAUUUAAAUUCUUUACAAACACAAAGGCAAAUUAUUAGAACUGGUUAGUCGAUGGGGCGGUGGUUUCCUUAUCAAACACUUGGCGUGUGUCACCAGCUUUGUGUGAUUCGGUCCACGUUUGGCCAACCAUUGGACGUUCUGGAUAUUUGAUGCAAACGUGCCUCUAACAAAUACUGCAUUUGGUUUUCAAAAUUUUAUUACGUGUUCGUUUUUUUUUUGUUUUGUUUUAAUGUUACCUUUUGAGUGCUUACCUCAAGCAUUGUUACCUCUAUUAUUAUUAUAAAAUUAAUUUACAAUACAUAAAUGAAACUCAUUAUAGCUAUCGUCAGGUUGUCUUUUCUAAAUGUUUUUUUUUUAUGUUUUUUUCGUUAAUGAAUAAUUAAUUUCAAAUUUAAUUCAUUGUGAUUUAUAAUUUAGUUUGGAAUUUAAUCAAAGUUUGUGAGCAUCACAUUGUAUGCAAAGAGCCUACUUAUCAGAUGGUUGUGCAAUAACUAGAGCGAUUGGACGUUUGACUGUGCAAUUGACUUGUGUCGAGUUCCAUUUCUUUAGGAAUCUUAAUUGUUGCAAAAUAUAUCGGUUGUAGCCCGAUUCGCCCCCUCUGAAUAGUAAAUAGGUGGCUGGAUUCGCGCGGCGGGGGGCGCGUUCGGGGAGGCGCGGGGCGGCGCGGGCCCUGAGGGGGUGGUGCGCGGGGCGGGGGCGCGGUCAGGCGGGGGCUCUCGGCGGCUAGGGGGAUGGGUUUUGCACCGUUCUCAGCACUCCUGUGAUAUUAGCCUAGCCUGUGUGUCGUAUUCGUGCUAGUUUCCCCAACCAACUUGUUUGGACAUUGUGCUUGUAAAAAAACGCUUUGGACGAAAAUUAUUCCAUUUUCUAUUGGCCAUUACGGAUGGAGUUUUAAUAGUUUAAACGUUAGUAGAGAGAUUACCUCGUAUGUUGAUGUGAGGCGUAGAUAAUUUGUUCUUAUUUGAUCGAUUUGUAUUUAUCGUUGAGUAAUUACUAAUGUAUUGUAUGAUAAAAAUUAAAUUAAGCGCUUGUGCACACGGCUGUCGUCUAUCAGACGUUGGACAUUAAGAAAUGUGAAAUUUAUGAGCUAUAAGAUGUUACUUAGUAUUCGUUCAUUAGUUGUUUACGAGAAACGGAAUUACAACCAAAAGUAUUUUACAAAAAUUGAUAUAAUAAAAUAAAUAAAUAAAAAAUUAAAUUAAAAAACGCACAUAAAUGUAAUAUUUAAGUAGUUAUUUCAUUGUAAUUUCAUUCUUUAAGCAACGUUCGAUAAAUGUUGAUACAUAUUCGUAAGGUAAAUACGAACGUUGCUUACUGAAUUUCUGUCUGUAGAGAUUGUGAGAUACAUAGUGAAUAAAUUAUAUUACCGAGCCUCUAUUUUAAGUUGUAUCAAGUACAAUAAUCAAGAGAAUUAUGAUUGUUUACGUUGAUCUUCAUUAAAAUAAAAAUUAAAUCAAUGAUUUCUUAAUUUGUCAUUUGAAAAUAUUUAACAACAUUGAAAAACGUUUGAAUUGUGACUCGCAAAUUAAAAUUCUUUUAUAACAUACUUGUAAUAUUGUGAUGUUUAAAAUUUAUGUAAUAGUAUCAAAAUUGUAGUAAGAUUAUUUUAAAUAAUUCAUUCAAUUAACUGUAGAUAGCUAAAUUUACUAUCAAAUGAAGUCCUUGGCUUAGAGAUAAAACCCUGCAAUUACCAAGAUUAAUCACAGAAAUAUUUAAUUUAGACUGAUUAUUUCAUUAUUAGUUUUUUUUUUAUAUUGAAAUAUAAUUGAUGUUAGAGGCGAGGUGUAUCAGACUAGUAAUGUUAAUGAAGUGUUUGGAAAUGUUAUGAUAAUUUUAUUAAAUGUGUCUUAAGCUAAGAGAUCAUUAAUAAAUAUUACAUUUAAAAACUGAA